UCCAUCACGCUUGUGAAAGUCACCGGUUAGUGGCGCUCGAAUCGCUUAAAUCGUCGAAGUUGAGUGUUUUGGUGUCAUGUUUUCUUAAUUUCCUCAGUUUUUCGUCUUUAAUUUCACUUAAAAUCAACAAAUAAUCAAAAACUAGUGCCUUCCCUCUAGUUACUAUACUAAAAAAGUGUGAAAAUGUCUCGUGACGUAUCAAAUAAACAAUCGAGUUCAGGUUAUGUGUGUUGACACUGUUACCGUUGGUCGUAAAAAACGGUGUAAAGGGGCGUAGCAACCUACUUGUGAUUCCGUCUCAGACCGAAAUGUUUUCGAAAAAGAAGAAGAAACCGCAAAUUUCGCCCCCAACAAACUUCGAGCAUCGAGUCCACACCGGGUUUGACAAACGCGAGGGGCGCUAUGUGGGGCUGCCACUGCAGUGGGCCUCGAUUGUGGGUAACAACCAAAUCCUCAAAUCAACAAAUCGGCCCCUGCCCCUCGUGGACCCCUCCGAAAUAACCCCCACGGAAAUCCUAGACCUCAAAACCAUCGUCAGAGGGGACCACCGCUCCGACAGCCGCCUUGGCAAAAACCCCCCCAACGGCAUUCUCCUCCCCAAAACCUCCAACGUCGCACGCAGCAACUCGCUGCGCUCCUCCAGCCCCCCGAGACUGCGCCACAGGAACACCAACGUGCCCCCGGCAGUGCCCGAGGAGCAGAUACUACAGUACACCUCCAUGAGGAGGGACCCCAGCAUGAGCAAGCCCCAAGUGAGGGAAAGCUCGCCUGCGGAGCGCUCUUUGAGCAACCACGAGAUGCCCCACCAUUUGAAUGGGAAUCAGGAGGCCUACGGGGGGCUGAUCAGGGAGCACCCGCAAGUGUCUCCAGCCGGAUCCAUGGCCUCAGCGGGGCUGUCGCAAUUGGGGGCGCACUCGCAUUCGAGUCACGGAUCGCAUCAGAGUUUGCAACAGGCGGGGUACGGGGUCAGGCACGAUCAAAAUCAGAAUUUGAAGAAUGGGGGGCAGAUGGGGCAGGUGCCGGGGGCGGCGGUGGCACAGACUGCGACGAAGCAUCACGAACAAAGGCUGACACACGAACAGUUCCGAGCUGCUCUCCAGAUGGUCGUCUCGUCGAAGGACCCUCGCGAGAACCUGGAGCGUUUCGUGAAAAUCGGCGAAGGCUCCACCGGCACCGUUUGCAUCGCCCACGACCGCACCACCGGGCGUCAAGUCGCCGUCAAAAAAAUGGAUCUCCGCAAACAGCAACGUCGCGAACUCCUCUUCAACGAGGUGGUGAUAAUGCGCGACUACCACCACCCCAACAUCGUCGAAAUGUUCGACUCGUACCUCGUCAACGACGAGCUGUGGGUCGUGAUGGAGUUCCUCGAAGGUGGGGCUCUCACCGACAUCGUCACUCAUUCCCGCAUGGACGAAGAACAAAUCGCCACGGUGUGCAAACAGUGUCUCAAAGCUUUGGCUUAUCUCCAUUCGCAAGGCGUCAUCCAUCGCGAUAUCAAGUCCGAUUCGAUUUUGCUGGCUCUGGAUGGAAGAGUCAAGCUUUCCGACUUCGGGUUCUGUGCCCAGGUCUCCCAGGAGUUGCCCAAACGGAAGAGUUUGGUCGGGACGCCGUAUUGGAUGUCGCCGGAAGUCAUCAGUCGGUUGCCGUACGGGCCGGAAGUUGAUAUUUGGUCGCUGGGGAUUAUGGUUAUAGAGAUGGUGGACGGCGAGCCGCCGUUUUUCAAUGAGCCUCCAUUGCAGGCGAUGAGAAGAAUCAGAGAAAUGCCGCCGCCGAAAUUGAAAAAUAGUCAUAAAGUCUCAGCAAGGCUGCAAAGUUUCUUAGAUAGAAUGCUUGUUAGAGAUCCUGCACAGAGAGCCACAGCUCAGGAGUUGCUCGCGCAUCCCUUCCUGAGACAAGCAGGACCGCCUGCGCUUCUGGUGCCGCUGAUGAGAGGCGCUAAACACUCUAAUUAUUGAUCUGUACUUAAUGCAUAUAUGUUGAUAUUUAUGGAGGUAAGUCCCAAUCUUUGCGUAAUUUAAGUCAUACCAAAUAUUAAUUAAGACAGCUCUCUUAAUUCGAUCUGAUUAAACGUUAUUAAGGUCCAGUAUUACGAAAUUGCAAGCCGUCCAUGUAGUGCCUUGAGGCUCAUAAUGGGGUUUUUCCAAUUAUUUUCCGAUUUUGUUAGGUUUAAGCUUGUUGAGUAUUUUAAGGAAUUAACUUUACGACGUAGCGCUGUAAUAUAUACAAACAGAAAGUGUCAUAAUACACUUGAUAUUUUUUAUAA